ACGAAGCUGUCCCAGCCCUGUCAACUGUGGGCACGCAUGUCCUCAGUGGAAGAGGUUACAGGAAGCGGAUCACAGCCGUGUUAUCAACAUGUCGACUGCUAUGAACUUUGGGACAAAAACGUUCAAACCUCGACCUCCGGACAAGGGAUCUUUUCCUCUGGAUCACUUUGGUGAAUGUAAACCUUUUAAAGAAAUUUUCAUGAAGUGUUUACGGGAAAACUCCUUUCAGAGCAAUCUGUGCAGAGAUGAGUCAAAGGAAUAUUUGGAAUGCAGAAUGGAAAGACAACUAAUGGCCAAGGAACCCCUGGAAAAGCUUGGAUUCAAGGACCUAGUCUCUGAAGAAACAACAGAAGAGCAAAACAAGUUAUAAUAUCAAUGCACUGUACAUAAGAACUUGAAGGGAUAUAAUUCCUAUUCUUGGAGGCACUGGAACUUUUUUCUGCACAGGACUGAUUUAUUGCGUGUGAAAUAUGCUUCAGACAGAUUCCCUUUCCUGUAUGUGUUUUGUCUGAAAGUCUUGGAGCUAUGUCUCCCCUACUCAAGAUCUACGGAGUCUUAUUUAUUAGUGUCAAGAACUGUCUUUUGUUCCUCCAAUCAGCCUUUCCCUAGUUUUUCCUCCUUUAAGUCAAAUUAAUUUUGCAGUGCAGGUUUGAAUUGUUA